CAGUUUAUCUGCAGCCAUGUUCCACAUGUAAUCCAAUGGCAAAUAUUUUACUUUGCAGCUCUGUGCGAAUGCAUGCAGAACUUCUGAACUGGGAUCAUCUCAGCUUUUUAUUGUAUUGCAAAGACUGAAAAAGAAGAAUAUCAGUAAAAGUGCACUCCUGGACAUUAGACAUGGAGGAGGGCUACGAACUUGACCUGACCUAUGUGACGGAGCGCAUCAUCGCAGUGUCCUUUCCUCAGGCCUGCUCCGAGGAGACCUACCUGCACAACCUAAAGGAUGUUACGCGCAUGCUCAAGUCCAAACACGCAGAUAACUAUUUGGUAAUUAACCUGUCAGAAAAGAGACAUGACCUGACCAAGAUGAACCCCAAGACUCUAGACACAGGCUGGCCAGACCUUCAUGCCCCUCCGCUGGAUAAGAUCUGUACCAUCUGCAAGGCUAUGGAAAACUGGCUGAACAACGACCCGCAGCAUGUGGUUGUCAUUCACUGCAGGGGAGGAAAGGGCAGGAUUGGAGUGAUCAUUUCAUCUUUUGUUCAUUUUACUGACAUCUCCUCCAGUGCAGACCAAGCUCUUGAUCGCUUUGCCAUGAGAAAGUUUUAUGAUGACAAAGUCUCUCUCUUGAUGACGCCCUCACAGAAAAGAUAUGUGUGGAUCCUUAACAGUCUGCUUAGUGGCACCAUGAAGAUGAAUGCAUCUCCUCUGUUUCUGCACUGUAUAAUCCUUCAUGGAAUUCCCAACUUUGACAACUCUGGAGUCUGCCGUCCCUAUAUAAAGGUGUACCAGGGAAUGCAAGCUGUUUAUGCUUCCGGAGUUUAUAAUAUCGGACCCGGUCACAGACACAAAGUGUGCAUAGCACUGGAGCCGGCCCAGCUACUGAAAGGAGACAUAAUGGUCAAAUGCUUCCAUAAAAGUAGCCCAUCACAGCGAGACCUUGUCUUCAGACUGCAGUUCCACACGGGUGCUGUGCAGGGAUACAGCCUCAUGUUUGAGAAGGAGGACAUGGAGCAGACCAACAAAGAUCCCAGAUUUCCGGAUUACGGCAAAGUGGAGCUGGUGUUCUCCGAAGGUCCAGAGAGAAGCCAAGGAGCUGAACACUGGCAGAACGGUGCAGAUGUUUCUAUAGAUUAUAGCUCUACAGACUCCCUCACCAGAUGGGACUCAUACCAGGACAUCUGCAAUGGGGAAGCUCCACCCUUGCAGCCCCAGAUCGCAACUCUGGACAAAUUCUCCCCUAAACAAAGCCAGGGCAGCACUGUCAUCCACAGCCGAUCCAUCCGCACCACGUCGGUCACCUCCAGCCCAGAGCACAGCGACCACGCUCUGUCAGCCAGCAGCGACUCCGGACUCUCAAGUGCCUCCCUUUGGAACGAGCGCUGCCCCACGACAGGCAGCAGAUCCACAGGUCCUAGCGAACAGGAGAAAGCCGAUUUAAACCGUCUGCUGAACGGCAUCGGGCUCGAUGAGCCGCCUACAGUCGACAGCAUGGAGUCAACCGCAACUUCUCAGGGAGUCCACCAACACCCCGUACAGGUGCACAUUAACGGAAACUCCCGGCCUAAAGAGCGUGAGACCGACAUCCUGGAUGAUGAAGUCUUGAUGUCGGGCCACGACCUGCGCAGCGUGGACAGUAUAGGCACUCUGUCAUCAUCAUACCAUAAGAGCAGCCAAAACUCACUGCUCUCUGACGGCUUCUGCAGCCCUGGAGUUGCCGAGGAUGCCUCACAUCAUGGCCCAGUGGCCGUGGAGGAGUACGAACGAGCGUACGCUGAGGCACGCAGAAAUUGCUUUGCCAGGAGAACGGUUUCCAAUCCUGUCACGACCACGGCUAACACGGCGUCCAGAGUGCAGCAGUUCCAACAGGGCAGCUACUCCACCCAGACCUGGGUCCGGCAGCAGCAAAUGGUAGCAGCUCCGCAUUACUCCUACCUGCCUGAGGAAAGCGGAGUAGAGGAGAGAUUCCAAGGAAACAAGCAAGAGGUUUUGCCUAAAGUGACUGUCAGCGAUCAAAUCCACUCCACGUUAAACGUAAAGGCAUCUCAGAACCAAGAGAGUGAGAAAAGUCACGACGAGGAAUUUAACUCGCUCACAGUUGACAUCGAUAACUCCAUCGACCAGCUUAACCAGCUAAUCCUGGACCUGGACCCUACGUUUGUGCCGAUUCCAACACGGACCAACUCGGUUAAGAAAAAUGGAGGGCUGGCAACUAGCAACAAUGGCAUGACACUCCGAUUCAGUGAGAACAGCAGGAGUCAGCAAUCAGCUGUUCCUCCUGCUGGGGAGAGUUUACGAACUUUGAGUCGACAGGGCAGUGAAGUGGCCAAGAGCCCGGCAGUGUGUGUUCGAGGAACCUGGGAAAUGGAGCCACAGUUUGGGGACAGAAUGAAAUACACUCACAGUGUAGCCCCACCACAGCGAGCUCCAUUGUACAGAGCCGACAGCAUGGAGUACAGUAGUCCAACUGUCAGAUUCAACACUGGACUGGACCCGGGCAAUGAUGAGGUUCCUCCAACUCCAGCUUUUCCCAUCUCACCACCCACGCCUUAUGUGAAAAACAUGCCGGCGUUUUCACACUUUGCAAACACUCCAAGUCCAGUAAGCAGCAUGCCGAUGUUUGGAGCCUUCAGGACUGAACAUGAAGUAAAAGCUUACACGGAGAUGAUGGGCCCGGAUGAGAGCAGAGUGAACGUAUCUCACAGACCCUUCAUUCACUCCACGUCCAGCGGAGGAAUCAUAAACAUCACAGAAAGCUCGGCUCAGUCCUCUUGCCCAGAUGGCGCACUCCUGAGUCGCCACACCUCCAUCAACACCCAGCGCUCAGGCUCGAUAGAUUAUAGCCAGAACUCGCCUCCAUCCCUCCAUCCUCACACACACAGUCACCCGGCACCCAACGCCCACAGCUCACCCCGGGGCAGCCAGAUGAGCCGAGUGGUGCAGUACACACUGAACCGCAGUCCAGCACUCAGCUUUGAGGAGGAGCCCGACGGUCUGAACUACGAGUCUCAGCUGCCCCCACUGCCUGAGAAGAUGAGGGUUUCAGACUGCGAGCGUUCGUUAGGUUCUGUCUCGCCAGCACCCAGCGGGUUCUCCAGCCCACACAGUGGAAGCUCGCUCUCGAUACCGUUCCCUAACGCGCUGCCUGAACUGCAGGGUGGAAGCAUCAGUGUCAGCCCUCUACCAGAUGUGCUGGUGAGCAGGCAGGUGACAGUAAAGUUUGUUCAGGACACGUCAAAAUUUUGGUACAAGCCAGACAUCGCAAGGGAACAAGCCAUCGCUGUGCUAAAAGACAAAGAGCCCGGCUCCUUUAUUGUACGUGAUAGCCACUCAUUUAAAGGUGCCUACGGAUUGGCUAUGAAGGUGGCCACGCCCCCUCCUUCAGUCGUGCAGCAAAGCAAGAAAGCAGGUGGAGACCUGUCCAAUGAGCUUGUUCGUCAUUUUCUCAUCGAGUGCACCCCCAAAGGGGUUCGACUAAAGGGAUGUCCCAACGAACCUUACUUUGGUAGCCUGACUGCACUGGUGUGCCAGCACUCCAUAACCCCCCUGGCUCUGCCAUGCAAACUGAUAAUUCCCAGCAGAGAUCCUUUAGAGGAUGUUGUUGAUUCCACACCUCAGUCCAUCACCAAUUCUGCAACUGAGCUUUUAAAGCAGGGUGCAGCGUGUAACGUGUGGUUCCUCGGUUCUGUGGAGAUGGAGUCUCUGACGGGAUACCAAGCCGUACAAAAAGCUGCCACGGACCUGUUGAGCUCUGACGUUUCACCUUCUUCCACUGUAGUGCACUUCAAAGUGUCCUCACAGGGUAUCACCCUCACCGACAACCAGAGGAAACUGUUCUUCAGAAGACAUUAUGCUGUCAACACUGUUAUAUUUUGUGCUUUGGACCCUCAGGACAGAAAAUGGAGAAGGGAUGGAUUCCCGUCUGCUAAGAUCUUCGGCUUUGUGGCUAGAAAGACUGGCAGUGCUAUGGACAAUGUGUGCCAUCUGUUUGCUGAGCACGACCCCGAGCAGCCCGCCAGCGCCAUCGUCAACUUUGUCUCAAAGGUCAUGAUCGGCUCACAGAAAAACAUCUGAUUUUAUCAGAUGUCUAAACACCACCGUGGUUCUCUGGACGUUGCUAAAAGAGGCCAAUUUAUUAUAGACUUAAUGGACCUGCUGCCCCAAAUAAUACCUGCUGCCAUCAAUAAUGCCAUCAAACACCUAAUUUUAUCCAAGAUGUCUGAACACCAUCGUACUGCUCAGCACGUUAUAACCUCGGUCAUAUUACACCUGUCAUUUCAUUUCUGAUUAUAUCCCAGAGGUCUCAACACCAUCAUGCUGCUUUGCACAUUUCUGAAGGCAUAACAAAUAUGGACCUACAUAUUUCAAUGAACCUAAUGCUUAGUAAUUAUUAUUGGCAUUAAUUAAUGAUCGUGAACGAUUAAAGGCGCAUCGAACAGUGUUCCGUAUGAACAAGAUGAACAAGGACUCUGAUCUUCAUUAACAAGUAAGGAGUCAAAGACUUUGUAUUCAUUAUAAGGACUAUAUAUCGGUAUUCGUCUGCUUUAAGCAAUCUUUAAAGAAACAUUAGAAACAUGAAUAGUCAUGUAUAUUGUAAAUGUAUGUACUGGUAUGUAACCAAAUUCUAUUUAUUGUUUUGUUUAUUGUUUCGUUUUUAUGUUUUCUUUUUAAAAUUAGUCAGUAUAUAAACUUAGUGCCUGGAGAAAUGAUGCUUUCUCAUUUUUUCUUUUCUUUCUUGAGCAAAAGUAUUUUAUGGCUGUUAAUUGAAUUCUUACUACUGAACAUUGAUAAACUAUAUGGCAACAAAAGUAUGUGGACACCCAUAUGAAUUAUUACGUUUGGGUGUUUUGGGCACACCUAUUGCUAACCUAUGUAUUACUUCAACUCAUUUAAUUCAGUUUCUACAGAGUCUAGUCUAGUUUAUAAAGACAUGGUCAAAAGGAACUCCACUGGCCUGCAGAGUCCUGACUCACCUCAGUCUCUGUUACUGAAUGGGCACAAAUUUCCACAGAUGAUGUACAAAAUCUUGUGGAAGGUCUUCUAAAAAGGCCAACUCUACAUUUACAUUUACAUUUUUUGGCAUUUAGUAGACGCCUUUAUCCAAAGCGACUUACAUUACAGUUACAGUAUACAGUCUGAGCAACUGAGGGUUAAGGGCCUUGCUCAGGGUUCCAACAGCAGCAACCUGGCAGUGAUGGGGCUUGAACCAGAAACUUUCUGAGUACUAGUCCAGUACUAGUAAGCUCAAGGUCAAGUUUCCACAUACUUGGCUGUAUAAUAUAGAUAAAAGAAAAACACAUCAGGUGAAAUAUAAAGCUUUGUUAAAUGUUAAAUAUAGACACAUGUAUCUUAUAUUUCUUAUAAUGAAAUUUGUAUUACAUUCAUUUCAUUUUUAACACCGCUUUUUCCUUGUAAGGGUCUCAGUGGGUCUGUUUUUUCUGGAAACACUGGGCACAAAGCAGGAAUACAAACUGGACAGGGCACCCAUCCAUCAUGGGUGAUGGAUUCCAUUAUUUUUAUAUAGUAAAUAAAUAUAUUUCUAAUCAUAUAACUCUGUUUAAGGGAAAUAUUGCAAAAAAAAAAGAAGCAUGUAUUUCUUGAAAGACACAUAAUAUACCUGCAUAUAGUUUGAGAGUACAUAAUGAGUAAAUAUGUACAACAAUAAGCUUAAAAUAAUCUUAUAACCUCAUAAUAAGAAUCAUAAAUCUUCAUAUAUUUAUUUAAUUGAACUUGCUCUAUUAGUAUUUUUGCAGUGUUCCUUGUACCUAAAAAUUGUACUUAGUCAUAUUGUUUUUUUUCCACAUUAAGGCUUGUACUACAGUGUUGUACAGCACAAAUUUAGCAUAUUUUUCCUUCCUGAAAACAUACAUUUCAAUUUUUUGUUCAUUGUUAUCUAUGCAAAAUGUGUAUUAAAGGGCUGAAUGUUAUUUACAACAGGGAUAUAUUUUAUGGAGAAAAUACUGGAAGCAUUAAAGCUUUUUGGCCACUCACAGGACCAAUGAUUAUUUUUUUAGGCUUUGUUAUUUACAUGCUGGAAUAUAUUCAUCAUUACUGUCAAAUCCUCUGGUGUUGUAUUAAGAAAUAAUCUGUAACCAAAGUGUUGAUAAAGGAAAAUGUUAAAGCAUCUUGAUUUUAUAAUCUGACUAUUAUAGUAUUGGAGCCAUAUACACACACCCCAUAUUUUUGCAAAUGCCUCAGUUACUGUGCUCUGAAUUUAAACCAUAGAUCAAAUAAA